AUGUUGGGUGAUAUAGAAAGUAAAACUUCAUACCUUCAAACUCCAUGUUUAGCUAAUUUACGUGGACGUCAAAGUCUUUCUCAUGCAAUUCAUUGUAUUAAAUUAAUUACUUAUUCACCAAGUAUAAUAAAUUCUUAUUUACAUUUCAAAAGUUUCUAAACUUUUCUUUUGUUUGAUCAUUAUUAGACAAAUAAAUUUUUAUUUUAUUUAUCAUAAUAUACAAUCAAAUAGACAAGCAUGUGCGUUUGCCUGUAUGUGGUGUGCAGUCACGCAUCAUUGCCUGUUUUUUUUCUUCCUAUCUUAACAAAAUAUGAUUCAUCACUAUAUACGAACUAAAAAAAUAAACUGCGUAUACCUAUAUUCGUCUAUAGAUAUAAAAAAUCCCUCUCUUUGAGUCAUUAUAUACGAACGAAAAAAUAAACUGCGUAUGUAUAUAUCUAUCAUUACAUACUCAAAAAUACCGUCUUUUGACUCAUUGCAUACGAAAUAAAAAAUAAAAUGCGUAUACCUAUAUCCACCUGCACAUAUGAAAAAUCUCUCUCUCUGAGUCAUUAUAUACGAGUUAAAAAAUAAAGU